CCGAAGAUACCAUACCUGCAGUAUUAUCCAGAACGUCAAGGAUACUGCAAAGGUUCUCAGAGCAGAAACAUGCGAUUGCACCCCGCAGCAUCGCAUGCGCUGAUCUUUGGCAGCCACCGUAGCUUUCUCUUGGCUUGACGGCCUCUGUGAUACGCAAUUUUUGUUUGCUUGUAUAUGCGAUUUCUCCAUGAAGACCACUAUUGUUUCCUCCCUCGUCGCCUCUGCCGCCGCUUUCGCCCCGGCUUCUCAAACACAGAGCACCAGUGCUUUGAUGGCUACGACUCCUGCUCCUUUCGCCAAUGAGAUCGGGGAUGAUUUUGUAAUCGACCAAACUGGUCGGUGUAUUUGUGGCGCUGUGGAGUUCCAUGCCAAGGGGAAAUUAGCCUUCAGUGAGCUCUGUCACUGCCGGGCGUGUGCUUGGGCAGCUUCUGUUACACCGGUUCAUGUGAUUGGCGUGGAAAUAUCAGAACUGGACUACAAGACAGGAAAAGACAAAGUUGUCGUUGUCAAUGGACUUGGCAAAAUGAUCCAUGGUCGGUGUUCCCAAUGCAUGACACAGGUAUUCCAAAAGCCACAGGGAGAGAAUUACGUAGCGCUAUUCCCACCCACCUUUCGGAUUGGUGGCGACGAUUCGUUGGAGCAGAAACUUCCUGACUACUAUCUUCCUCGAAUGCACACCAACUACGAAAACCGAGCGAGAGACGCAACUGACUCGCUGCCAAAAUUCAAGACGUUUCCUCCUGACAAUGAAGUGAACGCGGAUGGCAGCUUGAAGAAUGCAGAAUGAUGGGUAAUUUCAUCGUUUGAAAUGCCUCGAUGGCUUGCCAACCGAGAGGUCGCUCGUCUGGAUUGCAAUGAGUGUUUUUCUUUUGAAAGUGAAGGUAUCCACAACUUGCGAAUGACAAAUUGCAUUGCGAGGGGGCUGGCAUCUCUUAAUGACGACAUGUCCGAGGAUCAUUGCUCAUUGUCUUGACGUGUGAAUCAACAACCGACACGUGUUCUUGCAAAGUCUGUCCAGAAAUCGGAAUUGCGAUGCGGAAAGCUUGAUGAGAGAAGAGCUGGACGAGAUUGGAAGCAACUAAAAAAACCUGAAGAUCCUGAGUUGCGCACCAGUGAGAGACAGAGGGGCGGGCAGAUUGAGUUCACAGAGCAUGAUGAGGCAGCAGUAGAGAAGUAGACUACUAGCUAUUACCGCUACCCGUACUGUACCGGUAUGCACGAAUUGCCCUCAACGGACUGAG